AUGCCUCCAGGUUUAACCUAUCCGAGUUUAAAAUGCGUUUUCGAGUUCUUGGAAGCGAAUAAAAGAAUCCACAUCACAUCUCGAAACUCAAAUCUCAAAACAAUCGACAAAUUGGUACCUCUACAUUUGAAAAUGCUACAAAUCGAUGGGUACUUAAUUAUGGUCAACAAUGUUGCAUACCGAGUGCUGGAUGUAAAUUUAUUAGGGAAUGAUUUUGGAAGAGUGUUUUAUAAGCCACAGUAUUGGAUUCAAAUUCCACGAGGAUAUUUUCCUAUCUUUUAUCAAAAAAAUGGGACGGGAAAUACGAGUUAUGAAUAUGAGAAUCGACGAGGGAAAAUAUUCAGAAGAAGAGCUAACAAAGAUUUCCGCAGUGUUACGUCUCAUCUUGUGAUCCGCCAGUUAUUAGAGUCACUGUUCGUGGGAAGAAGAGUGAUAAUUGUUGAAAAACUUGUGACUGGAUGGCUGCAACCAGAAUCUCAAAAACUCGAAUUGAAAUUUAAUGUUCUGGAAAUGGAGUCGGAAGGAUAUGAUUUGAAAGACUUUGUUCCACUAAUCGACCCUAGAAGUUUUCCACUCAGGAAGUUGACUCAAAAACCGUAUUCGUUUAGUUUUUUGGAACUUUCGCCAACAGCCAAUCAUCUAGUUAUCAAUAACUUUUUUACCAGCUCCUUCGAUGCUAUUAAUUUUCUGAAAUCUGUAAACUGCAAAUAUAUAGAGAUUAAAGAUAUAUUUUUCAACGAGAACUAUAUUUCGGAUACAAUUCAAAUGAUGUUGGAAAAUCAUCGAGACGUUGAGACAUGCUAUAUGAUAGACCUAUUUAAAUGGACAAGUGAAUAUACAAGAAACUUAAUGGAAAGAAUCAAGGAACGAUUUAAAGGAAGAGAUGUGGAUUUUAUGGAUGCUGACAAACGAUCUACACUCACUUCUCAAUACGUCUCUAUUCCUAUUGAUUCUAGAACUGAACUCGCUGUCUACAGAAACGAGUCACUCAAAGAAUGCCGAGAAAUCGUUAUAAUGGAAGUGAUUCUGACUGGACACUCUCGCAAUGUUUUCCGUCUAGAUUAUUCGAAAUCGGGUGAAUCUUUUGUAAAGAAAUAUUCUCACGACGAAUCCGAAGAUGACAGAUCGCCAGUCGGUGAGUCGAAUGAAGACGAGCUGUCAGACAAUGCAUCAUCUGACGGCGAAUUGUUUGAAGAUGGAUCAGUCGAGGAUGAAUCACGAGAAAACGAGUCGCCGGAUGAUCUCAAAAAAACAGCAUCUGAAAAGUUCAAAAUGCCAAUAACUUCUCUUCCAAUCACGUAUAUUUUGAUUGUUGUUCUGUUUGCCUGGUUCUUUUUCCUUUAA